UACAAAAUUGAACCGAGACCGAGAACAAACCAAACCAAACCAAUUCAGAUACUUCAUUCAAUUGCGUAAUGUAGCUUCAUACUUUGUAUCUAUCUAUAAAUAGUUUUGUUUCACAGGGCAUUCCAUUUCAUAAUCCUCCCCGUUUCCCGGAUCUCUCCUAUCUCAAAAAAAAAAACCCGACCCAUUUUACGCGAUCCAAACCGGGUCAACCCAAAAUGGACAAGCCAAGCUUCGUCAUCCAAUCCGAAGAAGCUGAAUCCGCCGCGACAAAACUCGGCGUCUCCGUCCUCCAGCUCCUCCCGACGCUAGUCAAAUCAGCGGAAUCCUACGCUCGAACUCCGAUUUCAAAAUUCAACGUCGCAACCGUCGGACUCGGAUCAUCGGGUCGGAUCUUCUUAGGCGUCAAUGUUGAAUUCCCAAAGCUCCCUCUCCACCACUCAAUCCACGCCGAGCAGUUCCUCGUCACCAACCUCACGCUCAACGGCGAGCGUCACCUCAAAAACUUCGCCGUCUCCGCCGCACCGUGUGGUCAUUGUCGUCAGUUCCUUCAAGAAAUCCGCGACGCGCCUGAGAUCAAAAUCCUAAUCACCGAUCCAAAAAACUCCGCCGAUUCCGAUUCCGCCGCAGACUCAGACGGAUUCUUACGCCUCGGAAGCUUCUUGCCUCACCGAUUCGGUCCCGACGAUCUUCUCGAGAAAGAUCUCCCUCUUCUCCUCGAACCUCACGAUAACGGUCUCGUUAUCUCAGAUCUCGAUUCGGUCUGUAACGGAAUCACCGAUUCCUUCGCCGAUUUGAAACAAACGGCACUAGCGGCGGCGAAUAGAUCGUACGCGCCGUAUAGUUUGUGUCCGUCGGGAGUUUCGUUGGUGGAUUGUGACGGGAAAGUGUACAGAGGUUCGUAUAUGGAAUCGGCGGCGUAUAAUCCUAGUUUGGGACCAGUGCAGGCGGCGCUGAUUGAUUACGUGGCUAACGGUGGUGGAGGAGGUUACGAGAGGAUCGUCGGAGCGGUGUUGGUGGAGAAAAUAGAUGCGGUGGUCCGGCAAAAGCAGACGGCGAGGUUGUUGUUAGAGACCAUAUCGCCGAAAUGCGAAUUCAAAGUGUUUCAUUGCUAUGCAGCUUAAAACGAGAGAAUCAUUUAAUUAUCGCAAAGACGAAAACGAAUAAUAUAAGAAAAUGUGACUUUUAAAAUUUUAUUUCAUACGCUAUAAUUGUUGAAAUUGAUGUGUGCUUCUCUCAAUGAUGAUGUGGAUAUAUUUAAAAAUAACGUUUAUGACACAUAUGAAUAUGAUAAGAAAAUAAGAUAAAGGUUUUUAUUA